AAUCACGUUUGACAGUAAUUUCGUAUGCAUCAACUGUGAACGUGUUCCUAGAAAUCCUCUCAGAAUAAAUGAAACUGCAUAGCUGCAAUCAUGAUGGUUUUGUGGAUGCAUUCUAGACUACUUGGUUUUCUUGUCCUUGUAACUGGAAUUUAUAAUGUGAAGGCCUGGACUUACCAUUACAAAACAGACAUUAAUAUGGACUGGACAACAGCUCGUCAGUGGUGUCAGAAGAAUUACACUGAUAUGGUGGCCAUCCAAAACCAGGAAGAAGUUGAAUACCUUAACCAAGUUCUACCUUUCAGCCAAGCAUAUUACUGGAUUGGCAUUAGAAAGAUUGACGGUUACUGGACCUGGGUUGGGACCAACAAGCGUUUGGACUCUGAAGCAGCAAACUGGGCGAAGGAUGAACCAAAUAACAAGGGAUCUGGACAAGACUGUGUAGAGAUCUACAUUAAGAGGAGCAGAGAAACAGCCAAGUGGAAUGAUGAGAGGUGCAGCAAAAAGAAAGCAACUGUCUGUUACUUAGCCUCUUGUUCAAAGAAAUCCUGCAGUGAGCAUGCCGAGUGUGUGGAGACUAUUGGGAACUACAGAUGUCAAUGUCACCCGGGUUUCAAAGGCCCACGCUGUGAGGAAGUUGUACAGUGCUGGCCAAUUGGAAAUCCACAGCAGGGUUUUGUGAAGUGUGAUGGUGUCUUUGGAGGAUUUCAUUUUAACUCGUCAUGUCAGUUCCAAUGUGCCACAGGGUUUAAGCUGGAGGGGGCACAGAGGCUACACUGCCUAGCAUCAGGGCACUGGGAUAACGCCCUUCCUGUUUGCCAGGCUGUUCAGUGUCUGCCCAUUAUUGAUACCCCUGGUGGUUGGCGUAUGAACUGCACUCACCCCCUUUCCAUAAAUAGCUACGACUCCAGUUGUGAUUUCGAAUGUGAGGAUGGAUUUGAGCUUAAGGGCUCUAAAACAACUUUGUGUGACCAGACUGGGCAAUGGACACACAAACCUCCAACUUGUACAGUGGUAACCUGUAAUGCCAUUCUGGCUCCUGCAAAUGGUCAUCUGACAUGUGCUGAUCCUUUGGGAAAAUUCUCUUUUAAUUCUUCUUGCAAUAUUUCCUGUGAUGAGGGAUACAAACUGAGAGGAAAAGCCACACUCACCUGUCUGAGUGCAGGCAAUUGGUCAGCACCAACACCUGUGUGUGAAGUUGUGAAGUGUGACCCACUGAGGCCCAUUCCACAUGGCUUCCUGCAAUGUCAUGACCCUGUGGAGGAGUUUGCUUAUGGCUCCACUUGUUGGUUAAAAUGUGAUACUGGUUUUGUCCACACUGGUAAAAAUUUCACUCACUGUACCAAACAGGGGAACUGGAGUCAUAUCCCUCCUGUUUGCCAAGCACAGCAGUGCAGCCCCUUAACUGACCCCUCUCAUGGUACUUUAACCUGCACUCAUCCUAAUGGCCAGUUCAGCUUCGGUACAGUGUGUGAAGUGAGCUGUCAGAUGGGUUUCAAACUGCAUGGCACACACCGAAUAGAGUGCUUGGAGAUGGGGAAGUGGACAGACACCCCACCCUUCUGCUUGGCUCAACAGUGCCCCCAUCUGACCGCCCCAGAAAAUGGCUGGGUGAAUUGUUCUCAUCCUCACUCCCUGUUUAGCUAUGGCUCACAAUGCUUUCUGGGAUGUGAGACUGGCUUUGAGAUUAGAGGAGAGCCAGGCAUGGAGUGCUCUGCUUCUGGAAACUGGAGUCAAGAGAUGUCCUCUUGUGCUGCCGUACAGUGUCCACCCCUCUCUGAUGCACCAAGUUAUGGAAGUAUGACCUGCACACACCCUCUCUCCACCAACAGCUACAACUCCAGUUGUAAGUUCAAGUGUGAAGAAGGUUUUGUGCUCAAAGGUGCAGAUUUCACCCAUUGUGACCAAACUGGGAACUGGACACACAGCAUCCCCAUUUGUACAGCUGUGGCUUGUGACCCUCUCGUGACCCCUGCAAAGAGCCACCUGACCUGCGCUGAUCCAUUAGGAAAGUUCUCUUUUCGAUCUUCUUGUAAUGCAACUUGUGAGGAGGGAUACACACUGACAGAAGAAACCACACUCACUUGUUUGAGUGACGGCAACUGGUCAGCACCAACGCCUGUGUGUGAAGUUAUAAGAUGUGGUGCUCUGGAGUCUGUUCAGCAUGGCUCUGUGCACUGUCAGGACCCCCUGGGGGAGUUCAGCUAUGGUUCCUUGUGCUGGCUGGAGUGUGUAGCUGGAUUUACUUUAAACGGAAGUAAUUCUACUUACUGCACCUCACAAGGCAAAUGGAGCCAGGAAUUUCCUGUUUGUCAAGCACAGCAGUGCAGCCCCUUAACUGACCCCUCUCAUGGUACUUUAACCUGCACUCAUCCUAAUGGCCAGUUCAGCUUCGGUACAGUGUGUGAAGUGAGCUGUCAGAUGGGUUUCAAACUGCAUGGCACACACCGAAUAGAGUGCUUGGAGAUAGGGAAGUGGACAGACACUCCACCCUUCUGCUUGGCUCAACAGUGCCCCCAUCUGACCGCUCCAGAAAAUGGCUGGGUGAAUUGUUCUCAUCCUCACUCCCUGUUUAGCUAUGGCUCACAAUGCUUUCUGGGAUGUGAGACUGGCUUUGAGAUUAGAGGAGAGCCAGGCAUGGAGUGCUCUGCUUCUGGAAACUGGAGUCAGGAGAUGUCCUCUUGUGCUGCUGUUCGUUGUGAGCCCCUUUCACUCUCUCAUCCUCCUGAGCUGGGACUUUCACCAUCAAUGAACUGCUCUCACCCUCAUGGAAACUUCAGCUUUGGAUCUCAGUGUAUAUUCCGGUGUGCCGAGAGCCACAAGCUCAAUGGAACCAGUCAGCUCAUCUGCACCUCCAGUGGGUACUGGACCAACUCUCCACCCAGUUGUGCUGUAAAGGAGAUGUCAGUGAUUGCUGGCCUACAGACAUAUGCAGCUGUGGGAGCUGCUUCUGGAGCUGGUCUACUUCUACUCGGAGGGCUAAUGUUUCUGUUGAUGCGCCAAUUUACCAAAAAGGCUCAUUAUGGUCUGAAUGACUCCUUAUGGGCAGAGAAUUUGAACCCAACAUUCGAAUUUAAUUAAGUAAAGUAAUUGAAAUUUUCCAUGUUGUUUUGUGUUUGCAAUAAAUAUUUGAACUGAA